AUGACGCAAAACAAGAGGAAUCAACCGGGUGCGUGCCCACCACCUCUGCGAUACGAAUGGACCAAGGCGUACCCGGCCAAACCGAAGGACAACCUGCUUGUUCUUCCAGAUAUCCGUCGGCAGCGUCCAUUCCGGCCGUCCUACGAUAUGGAAGGCGAACCGAAGAUCGACUGUUUGCUGGAUUGGUCGUACGCUCGGCAGUGGCAACUCGAGGCAAGUGCUUUCCGAGAGACCACACACAAAUUGGAGGCCGAAAAGAAACCGAAGAAAAAAAUUCGCGUCAAUCCAUCGGCUCGCCCAACCACCGGAAGUACUAGCAAGCAACGGUUCACGAUGAAGAAGUUCCAAAACGUUCCCGCCAAAGUGGAUACGCGAGGCGCCCUGGUUCGUCCAAGCAAGUCCUGCUGA